AACAAAAACAAACAAACAAAAAAAAAGCAAAACAAAACGUGGACCUAACGUGAUAAGCCUGGCGCCUCAGGUUUCAGAAGGGAACGUACGCUGUCUCUGCCGUACUGACCCGAGUGUAAAAGGACUGUCUGCAGUCGAGAAAAACCACCCCCGCCCGCUGUGCCAUCGCAUCUUAAGACUUAACCUUGCAGGCCACAUGUCGGAUUUCGUUUUGGAAGACAUGGAUCUUGCUGCUAAUGAGAUCAGCAUCUAUGACAAGCUUUCAGAGACUGUCGAUCUGGUGAGACAGACAGGCCAUCAGUGUGGCAUGUCAGAAAAGGCAAUCGAAAAAUUUAUCAGACAGCUACUGGAAAAGAAUGAACCUCAGAGGGGGCCACCCCAGUACCCUCUCCUCUUAGCUGUGUAUAAGGUCCUCCUAACUCUGGGAUUAAUCUUGUUCACUGCCUACUUUGUAAUUCAGCCUUUUAGCUCCUUAGCACCCGAGCCAGUGCUUUCGGGAGCUCACACUUGGCGCUCCUUCAUCCAUCACAUUCGGCUGAUGUCCUUGCCCAUUGCCAAGAAGUACAUGCCAGAGAAUAAGGGCACUCCUCUGCAAGGAGGAGAGGAAGACAAACGUUUCACAGACUUUGACCUCUGGUCAUCAAGGGGCUGUGAGCAGAACGAGUCAGAGCCCAUCCCUGCCAACUGCACUGGCUGUGCCCAGACAUUACCCCUCAAAGUAACGCUCCCAGAGGACACUCCGAAGAAUUUUGAGAGACUCCGUCCUCUGGUGAUCAAGACAGGACAGCCUCUGUUGUCUUCAGAGAUUCAGCAUUUCUCAUGCCUGUACCCUGAAGCCACAGAGGGCUUCGCUGAGGGGUUUCUCACCAAGUGGUGGCGCUGCUUUCCUGAGAGGUGGUUCCCAUUUCCUUACCCAUGGAGGAGACCUCUGAACAGAUCACAGAUUUUACGGGAGCUUUUUCCUGUUUUUAGCCAACUUCCAUUCCCAAAAGAUGCCUCCUUAAACAAGUGCUUCCUGGUCCCCCCGGAACCUGUGGUGGGCAGCAAGAUGCAUAAGGUGCAUGACCUGUUUACUGUUGGCAGCGGGGAAGCCAUGUUGCAGCUCAUCCCUCCCUUCCAGUGCCGAAAACACUGUCAGUCUGUGGUCAUGCCGAUAGAGCCUGGGGAUAUUGGCUAUGCCGGUGCUCCCCACUGGAAAGUCUACAUUGUAGCCAGAGGGGCCCAGCCUUUGGUCAUCUGCGAUGGAACCACCCUCUCAGAACUAUAGGAAACUACUAUCUAUAAGAACUGCUUGAAGAGCCGAAAACCAGGCUGCAAAGAGGGAGAGGGGGAAUAAAAACACUGAAACAUUU